CUGCUUCUGCUGAAGGCGGUGGCUCCAUGUUGUCCCCUCAGCGUGCGGUAGCGGCUGCCUCGGGAGGAGCAGGUGAUGCCAUGGAGGGGAAAAAGCCUGGUCCAGUACAGAUUGUCUGCGUUCACAAGGAGCAGCAUUCCUUUGAACUAGAAGAGAAGGCCUUGGCCCAAAUCCUGCUGCAGGACCACAUCCGCGAUCUGGACGUGGUGGUGCUGUCCGUGGCAGGAGCCUUCCGUAAGGGCAAGUCCUUCUUCCUGGACUUCAUGCUGCGGUACUUGUAUUUCCAGAAGGAAGGUGGCCGUGCAAGCUGGUUGGGGGACCUGGAGGAACCGUUGACAGGGUUUUCGUGGCGAGGAGGCUCCGACCCUGAAACCACAGGGAUUCAGAUCUGGAGUGAAGUUUUCACGGUGGAGAAGCCAGGUGGGAAGAAGGUUGCAGUUAUUCUGAUGGACACUCAGGGGGCAUUUGACAGCCAGUCCACUGUGAAAGAUUGCGCCACCAUCUUCGCCCUGAGCACAAUGACUAGUUCUGUGCAGAUUUAUAAUUUGUCCCAGAACAUUCAGGAGGAUGAUCUUCAACAACUGCAGCUCUUCACAGAAUAUGGUCGCCUGGCAAUGGAUGAAAUUUCCCAAAAACCUUUCCAGACACUGAUGUUUUUGGUUCGAGACUGGAGUUUCCCUUAUGAAUACAGCUAUGGACUACAAGGAGGAAUGGCGUUUUUGGAUAAGCGUCUGCAGGUGAAGGACAAUCAACAUGAGGAAAUUCAGAAUGUUCGAAAUCACAUUCACUCAUGCUUUUCCAGUGUCAACUGUUUUCUCCUGCCACAUCCGGGACUCCAGGUGGCCACAAGCCCUGACUUUGAUGGAAAGUUGAAAGAUAUUGCCACUGAAUUCAAAGACCAGUUACAGACGUUGAUACCAUUUGUAUUGAACCCCAGUAACUUAAUGGAAAAGGAGAUCAAUGGCUCAAAAGUCACCUGUCGGGGACUUCUGGAAUAUUUUAAGGCAUAUAUUAAAAUUUACCAAGGCGAAGAUCUGCCUCAUCCCAAAUCCAUGCUUCAGGCCACUGCGGAAGCCAACAACUUAGCAGCCGCAGCCUCUGCCAAGGACAUUUACUAUAACCACAUGGAGGAGGUUUGUGGGGGAGAGAAACCGUAUUUGUCGCCAGACAUUCUAGAGGAGAGGCACUGUGAAUACAAGCAGCGUGCUGUUGAGCACUUUAAGAGGACCAAGAAGAUGGGAGGGAAGGACUUCAGCCUCCGGUACCAGGAGGAGCUGGAGGGCGAGAUCAGGGAGCUGUACGAGAACUUCAUCAAGCACAACGACAGCAAGAACGUCUUCAGCACCUUCCGCACCCCCGCCGUGCUCUUCACGGGCAUCGUGGCUCUGUACAUCGCCUCGGGCCUCGCCCUCUUUGUGGGGCUCGAGGUUGUGGCCCAGCUGUUCAACUGUUUGGUUGGGCUGCUGUUGAUCGCGCUCCUCACCUGGGGUUACAUCAGGUACUCUGGUGAAUACCGUGAGCUGGGCGGCGCCAUCGAUAAUGCUGCGACCUAUGUGUUAGAGCAGGCUACUUCUUAUAUGGGUAAUUCCACUCAAGCGGCUUUGAGGAGUACAAUUGUUGGGAGACACCCUCAACCAGUGGAUAAAAAAGCACAAUAGCAACUUGACCUGAGGCUCCAACAAGAAGCCAACCAAGCCCAAGUGAUUUCUGGG